AUGGUUCUUAUUCAUCCGAGUAUCAUCAGCAGCGUCGCGACGCGGUUAGGGAGGAAAUGGGAAGACGAGGAGGGGCGGACGAUGUACGAGAAGGGAGAAGAUUGCCUUGGCUCGCUGCGCGAUCUGCAGCGGCUGAUGCGGCGGGACCACCCCGUGUCGCGCGACGUGCUGGUGCAGCUGGGUCGGUGGGACAUUGUCCGCACAGACCUCGUUCCCAUCAUCUGCCGAUACCGCCGCGACUCUUCUCUACUCCUUAACGCCGUGAAGCUAUUGGUGUUUCUCACCAUGCCAUCGCCGCCGCCGCCGCCUGAUCUGGACGCGGCGGGGCGGCAGCAGCAGCAGAAGCUGAGGCUGGAGCACCACCACUGCCAGAGGCGCUUCAAGAGCGCUCUGCUGCACGGAACUGGCGCUGUAACGAGUGGGCUUAUACCGAGAAACGGCAGUGCUGCUGGCGCUGCUGGUGGUGGCGGUGGUGGGAGUGGUUAUGUGGGGAGUGGGGAGAGCGAUGCGAUUGCGAUCGUGCUCCAGUUGCUCGUCGAUCCUCUCAAGAAUAUCCAAAGGCUUGUCGCCACUUUCCCCUCACACACCCGGUCCAACCCCUGCCUCCCCCCGUCCAUCUCCCAACCAUCCCUCGUUCACUUCCCUUGCUUUCACUGUGCAGCGGGCGUGGCAGCAGUGACGACUGGCGGCUGCGGGCGUGGCAGCAGCGACGACUGGCGGCUGGUGCAGAUGAUAGUCACUCUGGUUCGGAACCUCCUUGCCAUCCCCGACCCUCCGCCGGACGUGUCCUCAGCCUCGGCAUGGGCGCAUCUGUGCUUCCUUCAGGACGACCUGAUUCGUUCUCUCUUCCGCAGCGGCUUCCCAGACAUUCUCCUUUUCCUCAUCUCCUGCCUCGACGCCCCCGAAACCGCCCCAGCUCUUCGGCACGACAACCUCUUAUUCCUCGAGAUUCUUAAUCUCCUCUUCCGCGAAUUACCUCCUAAAGACGCGGCUGUAGCGGCGUUUAGGGCUGCCGGGGAGGCUGAUGCCGAGGCUGACGCGCGGGAGGACCGGGAGGCUGCCGAACGUCUGGCGGAGGCUCGGCGGCAGGAGAAGGAGCGGGCGGCUCGGAAGGCGCUGGCUCAGAAGAUCACGCAGCGGCACUCCCGGUUCGGCGGGCUCUAUGUGGUUCGGAACGCGCACACCUUUCUCCCCGCCCGUGCACCAUGCUAUCUUCAGCCAAGUCAGGAGCUGAUACCACUCCUGAGCCCACCCCAAACCUCCUCUGCUUUCACACCACUGCCCAUCCCCGUACCCCCUCCUCUGUCUCCCCACAGGACAAGUCAAGAACCGUCUCUAGUACGCCCUUCUCCCCGCCCGUGCAUCAUACCAUCUUCAGCCAAGUCAGGAGGGGAUGCAAAUCCUGAGCUCACUCCAAACCCCCUCUGCCGUCACACCACUGCCCACGCCCUUGCCCCAUUCCAACAGGACAAGUCGAGAACAGUCAGCAGCACGCCCUUCUCCCCGCCCGUGCACCACGCCAUCUUCAGCCAAGUCAGGAGGGGACCCGUGCGGCGAGUCAUGGGGGGAACGGGCAUGGGCAUGGGGGGAAUGGGAAUGGAGGGGACAGGCAUGGGCAUGGGUGUGAGUACGGGCAAAGGCAUGGGUAUGGAUGGUGGGUCGAACGGCGAUGGGGGUGGUGGCAACGGUGGUGAUGCGAGGAAACCAGAUGCUGAUGUGGAUGCUGCCCUGGGAUUGGUCGGUGGAGCGCGGGCCAAUAGGAGGAGCUCCAGGUGGACGGCGAGGCGGCUCGGUGUGUUUGCCGACCGAUUGCUGGCUUCGGGAUGUUACAAUGUGCUCAUGGAAACGGUGCGUCGUGACGUGGCGGCCUGGCGGGCGGGGCUGGAACCCUCUGAUACCCUCGCCUUCUUCCUCGUGGCGUCCUUCUUCACUGCGUUUCAGCGGGAAAUGCACGGCCUGAGGGGCUGGGGGGGAGCGGGGGCAGCUGCAAGCACAGGGGAGGGGGGGAAAGGGGGCGCUGCAGGGGGAGGGGCAGGGGGAGCAGGAGAGGCAGCAGGGGCAAGGGACGUGGAAGCAGGGGGACGAGGGGGAGGAGAAGGAGGAGAACCAGGAGAAGGAAAGGAAAAACAGGAAGGGGAAAAAACAGGAACAGAGGAAGCGUCUAGGGAGGUGGAGCAACGAACGGUGGUGUGUGGGUGUGGGCCUAUAGCGGCUACUAUGGAUGAUGAUAUGUUCACUCUUGUUUCUGCCCGCUGGGCAGAGUAUGCUGCCCGGGCCAAUCACGAGCGGGCAGCACUGGUGGCGGCCGGCAGCCUGCUGAAAGAAAUGAUCCACAUGCUAGAUGCUGUGAUCAAAUCCGGAGAGAAUCCCACCCCCACAACAACAGGCUCGGCCGACCCUCACCACAAGGUUCGGCAGGAGGUCCGGUGGGAGGUUCGGCGGGAGGUUCGGCUGGCGCGGGCCAUGCUUCUACGACUAUUCUACGACGAUUCGAGUGAUGGAGUGGUGCAUGUGCUGCAGCGAGUGCUGAAGGGAUUCAACCCGCACACACAGCCGCGCUGCUUGCUGGUGGACGCAGUCGAAACAACUCACGUGUGCCUGAGAUUGCUCGAAGACUUGGUUCGAACAGAAGGGGCACUCAAGGUGCGUUGGAAUGUGAGGUUGCAUGUGCUGCAGCGACUGAAGGUUGUGAGGAAGAGUCGACAGCGGAAGGACAAGGCAGGGAAGGCGAAGGGGAAGAGUGCAGACACAGGCAAGGAAGGGGAUAAGGAGGGAGAGCAGGGGAACGUGCAGGAGGGAGAGGAGGGAGAGCAGGAGGGAGAGAAGGAGGGAGAGAAGGAGGGAGAGCAGGAGGGAGAGCGGGAGGGAGAGAAGGAGGGAGAGCAGGAGGGAGUGAUUUCUCAGCUGAUUUUUCAGGUGCUUUCUCAGGUCUCAACCCUGCACACCUUUUACAAGCUUCUCACGAACCCAGAUCUGCGCUCCUCCCCCCUGCAGGCAGCCUUGUUUCAGUGGCGUUCUAUGAUUGUGCGCCUGCCGUUUCACAAUCCUCCCUUGGCCCCUCUCCCGCCAUCCCCCUCCCCCCAGGUAUCAACCCUACACACAUUUUACAAGCUUCUCACGAACCCAGACCCCCGCUCCUCCCCUCUGCACGCGCCCCUCCUCUCCUUCCUCUCCUCCACUGUCCGCCACCUCUCCGCCCUCCUCCCCCUCCGCCCCUCCCUCUUCAUCCCUUUCCUUCCCUCUUCACGCUCCCCUGUUGUAUCAACUCUACACACUUUCUACAAGCUCCUCACCAACCCCGACCUCCGCUCCUCCCCUCUGCACGCGCCCCUGUUUCUAGAAAGCAUGGUUCUCGCUGCUGACGUGGCACUGGGGGAGCUUUGGUCGGGGGGGUGGGUGGGCGGGAGAGUGGGCGGCGGGGAUGGGGAAGAGGGAUGGGAGGCGGUGAGUGGGGGAAAAGGGAGGCGGAGAGGGGGUGGGGGAGGAGGAAAAGGGGGAGAAAAGGGGGGACGGGAGAAUGUAAGGAGUGGGGGGUUGAGAGACGCGUUGGGGGAUGAUGAGGCAGACGUGGAGUUGCCUCGAGGCAUGUGGUGGGCUGCUGAUGUUGCUGAUGCUGCUGCUGCUGCUGCUGCUGCUGCUGCUGCUGCUGCUGGCAAGAAGAGUCACAAGUCGAGGCGGGAGGUGCCAUCACUGAUAGCAAAGGCUCUGAUCGCACAUGACCCCAGCCUGCUUUCUACCAUGGGCCGUAGAAAACCAGGGGAGAAAGGGGAACCAAGGGAAGGCGGGGAAGAGGAGGAAGAGGAGGAAGGGGAGGAAGGGGAGGAAGGGGAGGAAGGGGGGGAAGUUGGAGAGAAGGAGGGUGGAUCCAGGGAAAAGGAGGGUGUUUCUCGAAAAGCGGACCCUAUAAAAGCACUUGCGGCGAAGUUUCUUGGGUUGCCCGAGGAUGGCACGGGCAGGAAGAGGAGUGAGAGGAGAAGACGGGGGAGUGGGAAUGGGUUUGAUGAGAUUUUGAGGGAUGUGGGUGAGGGAGUGGAGGGAGAGGAGGGAGAAGAGAAAGAGGAGGGGGAAGAGGGAAAGAAGGUUGAGGAAGGAGAGACAGAGGACGAGGAGGAGACAGGAGGGGAGGAGGAAAGAGUGGGAGGCGAGGAAGGAGAGGAGGGUUUGAGGGAGGAUGAAAGGGAGGAGGUGGAGAGUAGUGAGGAUGAGGAUAAUGUGCUGCUGAGCAAGAGACCGAAGGCACAGACUGGUUCUGCUGCUGCUGCUGCCACUGCUGCUGCUGGUUCUGCUGCUACUAGAGUGAGGCGAGGGCGAAGGGCUGAUGAGAGCUCUCAAGAGGAGGCGGAGAGUAGUGAGGAAGAGGAUAAUGUGCUGCUGAGUAAGAGAAUGAAGGCACUGGCUGGUUCUUCUUCUGCUGCUGCUGCUGCUGCUAGAGUGAGGCGAGGGCGAAGGGCUGAUAAGAGCUCUCAGGAAGAGGCGGAGAGUAGUGAGGACGAGGAGAAUGUGCUGCUGAGUAAGAGACAGAGGGCACUGGCUGCUGCUGCUAAAGUGAGGCGAGGGCAGAGGAGUGACAGGAGGCAGAAGUCAGGAGGAGCGGCACGAGGAGGAGAGAUGCGAAGGGAGCAGGAGCCCCUGGAAGAGGAAUGGGCUACAGGCAGUCAGGCUGCGGGUGGGGAUGGUGCAAUGGAUUUAGAGGGAGACCGAGGGGCUAUCGUUGUUGCAAACAGCACUGCUAUUGCUGCAGGGCCUAUAACAGGGAGUGCUCUUAUCGGAGGUGCUUCCAUUGCAAGUGCUGCUGUGGGAGUGGAGGAGAGGGUGGAGUUGAAGGAGGAAGCCGUGCGGGAGGGCGUUCAAGCAGUGAUCGCUGAUGAUGCUGCUGUGGGAGUGGAAGAGCGGGUGGAGUUGAAAGAGGAAGCCGUGCGGGAGGGCGUUCAAGCAGUUCUCGCUGACGAUUCCUUUGAUGGAGCAGAAGCCAUUCAAUGGCUGCAAUCGCGCCUGAAAGCAGCCCACGCCAGCUGGACGGACGCGAUCGCUCGAAACAGCUGGCAGCUCCUGCUGAUGGACGGCCCAGAUUGGCCUGGCAGGAAGGGGAAGAAAAAAGGGGGGAAGGGGAAGGAGAAUGGGAAGAAGGGGAAGAGGAGGAGAGGGCAGGAGGAGGAGGAAGAGGAGGAGGAAGGGGAGGGAGGAGAGGAGGGGGAUGGGGGGUGGGGGGAAGUUGUGCAUGUAGACUUUCCGUUGGUGGAGGAACUGGAAGAUUGGGACACAGUGGCGAAUGACAGCAUGGCCCAGCUGCUCUCAGGUGAGUUUUUGUCUGUUGCUGUCAGGUGUGCUCUCAGGGUCCCUGGGGACCGGGGCACGCAGUGGCUGCUGCACGCUGUGAGCAUGCUUGCACGGAUGGUGGCAGGGGGAGAAGCUCACAUGCUCAAUUCCAUCCCUCUCUGCUCCAUUUCCUCCCACCCACCAGCGCUGUGCUUGAAGCAUCCUGAUGAAGCGGAUGGUUGCUGGAGGGUCCCUGGGGACAGGGGCACGCAGUGGCUGCUGCACGCUGUGAGCAUGCUUGCAUCACUCACUCACCCACUUCCCUCUCUUCUUCCCCUCACCUCUCCCUAA